GUGGCGACAGAGACGACGUUUCUUAGCGCACUGGCCCAAGGGCUCUGCUGGGAGGCGGCUGUUCGGCACCUGAGCCAGAUGCAGCAGGAAGGCGACGCGAAGCCCAACGUCAUCACGUUUUCUUCAGCCAUUCGAGCGGCUGAGAUGGGCAGUGCCUGGGAGCAUGUGCUCAAGCUUCUGAGCGAUAUGCCAGGAGCGGCCGUCAAGCCGGACACCAUC